UAUCUUUGCCUGCUAUCGAGAAGUUGCAGACAACAUACACUGUAUGUGUGACGUCUGCGCAGAGGUGAACAGUUCUAUUUCGGAUUUAACUUUUAAAAGAUUUUGAGCAACAACAAAUACUGUAGUAGCAAAUUUUACGCCAAACAGGUUUUUUCUGCUUAGCGUAUAACGUAAUAGGCGCAUCGACUUACGCAGUUGUAACGUGAAAUCCACCUGACUUAUUAUGGGGAAGAAUGUUUUAGAGCUAUUAAUGUCCGGCUUAUGUUUGUAUUUAUUGCAUUUCCAAAUGCAUUUUGAUUCGGGCGUAACUUCGCCGGUGGAGACACUACAAUCUGGUUUUUGUCCGCUAAUUGUGUGCGGCUGCGAUUUUACCGGCACGGUAUUAGAUUGUUCUGGUGCUGAAUUAUCCAGUGUCGAUAAUGUCAUAAUUUCAAAUGUUCUCGGGAGCGAACCGGCAAAAAAUUGCCUGUCUUCUGUCAAUUUUCUUAAUCUGGAUAGCAACAUAUUACAUGACCUUCCGGUGCCGGAAGACUUGCUAAUAUUUCUGCCAAAUUUGGUGGAAAUUUCUCUCAGUGCUAAUAAUGAAUUCGAUUGUGACCAAGUGGAUCUUUACCGGAAGAAGUUUAUCACUGUACAGAGUGAUCGUUGUCCGGAUGAUCUGCAAUCGGAAGUAGUCAACAUCACUCCGUUCGUUCCAUCAGCACCUCUUCAGCAGAUUCGGAAGCCUGAAGUGCCUACAAAAUCGCCGAAUACCGCUGCUGUUCAGACUGAAGAAUCGACCCGUAUUCCAUCGACACAGAAGCCGAUCCUCAUAAGGCAAAACCCAACCGAAAGUUCCGAAAACCAGACGGCUUCCGGUUCCAUCGCUUGGACUGUCAUUUUUCUAAACUGCUGUUUCGUGGGGAUUUCCGGGAUGAUCAUCGGGGCACUGUUAACGGUGCUGCUACCUGUUUUAUGGCGUUUCCUUGUCCGUUUCGCCCAACGUUAUUCCAGUCAAAAUGGAGGCUACGCUAAAUUAAGUACUAUGGAUCCACCGCCAUUUUAUGUGCCACCUGCGGCGUAUGCGUCCAAAUCAGGUCCGGGCACGGGAAAGCGAAUUAUACCGAAUAAUGAUCUUUGAUUAAUUUUAAAAUUACAAUUACAUCAUAGCACUGAAGAUUAAAGAUUUUUUAUCCAUUUGUUGUCUUACGGCUGUGCUAAGUAACGCACGGGAGAAUAGAGAUUUUAAUUCUUCUUUUAUAUUAAAAAUUUUAUCUGAAGCAGCGUGUCCGCGCUUGCACUUUUUGUUAUUCGAUGGCUACUGCCUAUUAAAGAUCAAUUUUGUUUUACUAA